AUGGCCAACAUCUCGAUUAGCGCCCCCGGUUUGAACAGCGGCGGGCUUCUUUACAACAAUGGCAACAAUAACGCGCGACUAUGUGUCACGGCCGAGUCCGAGGACUUCGAUAUGGAGAUCAUCAAGAGCUGGCAAGAUGAAGGAUUCGAUGUCCUCUACCUCCCUUACAACGGCGGUGGAAAAGACUAUGCUCGCCGAUUGCAGUCCGUAAAGGAAGGUCUUGGUGUCGGUGAGAACUAUGGCGUGGUAGCCUAUGGUGAUGCAGCGGACUAUUGUCUCGAAUAUUAUAUCAAUUCCGUCAACGCUAGUCGGCUCUGCGCUCUUGUUGCCUACUACCCUAGCCUGAUCCCCGACACACGCUCACGCUUCCCGCUUUCCCUCCAAGUCCUUGUGCACUUGGCGGGUGAUACCGUGGAUGUUCUUGUUCAGCCCGUCGCACUCGGAUUACAAGGGAAGAAGCGCCGCCAGACGAGGCCGAUCCACGCUGGUAUUGGGACAGGAGAACGUUUGGAUCUAGCAUACCCCGCCUUUACAUAUGAUAAUGCUGUUCCCGGCUUUGCGGAAACGGACUUGGAAGAAUAUGAUCAUCUGUCGGCGAGCCUAGCCUGGUCGCGAACUUUGAAGGUUUUGCGAAAGGGCUAUUCUAGGGAUCCGGAUUUGGAGCCACGACUGGAACAGCAUGUGGAGGGCAAGUUUUUCUCGUCCAACAUCAGGAAGACAAUGGACGGGUAUGUCCAGCACAAGAUCCCCAGCGUGACUUAUACGCCCACAAUAAGCGGUGGCAUUGGUAAAAAGGCUCUGCGCCAUUUCUAUGAGCAUUACUUCAUUGGCAAACUGCCCCCGUCCAUGCGCCUGCGGCUGCUAUCCCGUACCACCGGACCCGAUCGCAUUGUGGAUGAGCUGUACGUCAAUUACGAACACACACAGGAGGUUCCGUGGAUGCUACCGGGCGUCCCACCGACAAACAAACGAGUUGAGAUCAUCCUCGUGAGUAUUGUGAGUAUGCGCGCUGGGCGUUUGUACUCCGAGCACGUAUACUGGGAUCAGGCCAGUGUCCUUGUGCAAGUCGGCCUUUUAGACCCCAAGCUGCUGCCCGAGGGCCUCCAAGGUGUUGAUCGUCUGCCGGUUGUCGGACGCGAAGCUGCUCGGCGCAUUCUUCAUGAAGACACGGAGGUGGAACAAGAAGAUUACCAUAACAAGAUGAUUCGUCGGGCGCGUGCGCGCGCGAGAAGAAAUCAAAACCAGAGCUCUCGGGCGUCACUGGCCGGAGAGGAGUCUGGUGCUGACCUGAAGAGUGAAGCGGAGCAGUCGUUGCCUGAUAGAAGCCGCAAUAAGGGCAAGUCGGUUCAAAAGUCGAAGCCUGCAAGUCUCCAACGGACGGCCACUGAAGCGGGUGAACACGAGGAUGACGAUGGUGCUGAGACUGAGACGAAGUCUAGCACCAAAGCUAAGUCUGUUGGAGAUCGGGCUGCUUACGUUGAGGACGGUGGUGAUGAUAGCGCCGAGAACGGAUCUAAGCAGACUUGA